GCCACCUAUCGACUGUCCGCCCCCUUUAAUAGUUUAUUGAAACGCGAAGACUUGGGGUCAGAUUUUAUGGAAAGAACAGAUUUAUGAAAAGCGCGAUUUACACACAAAAAAAUCGCUACCUAUUGUUGCAAAAAUCAACUCUAUAGAAACAGCAAAACUGACAAAAAUUUGACUAUCCUAAAUGGAUAAAUAUCACAUUUUAAGAAACCCUUCUUCUAGAUUGGUUUUAGAUGGAACACAAACGAUUGUUGAAGCACGCCAACUUAACAAAUUUGACGCUCAGCUAUGGAAACUGGAACAUGUAGAUCGUGGAAAAUUUUUCAUCCACAAUAAAGCUGAUAAAGGAAAAGUUUUAGACAUAGAACGUGAAAGUAAAAAAGGGGCCAACAUCCUACUAUGUAAAAAAGAAAACGGAAACAAUAACCAAAAUUGGUACAUAAAUUCUGACGGUUCUAUCGUUUGUGCUAACGGUGAUAAUUUAGCAAUUGAUGUUUCAACGGACGGAAAGCUAAAACUUCAACCAAAAUCAGGGUAUGAAAAUCAAAAAUUUGAAUUUUGCAACAAAGUUGAUUUGUAGUGUUACUUUACACCUAAGAAUUAAAGUAGAUGUUUAAACUAAGUUCGUUUCAAUAAACAUCACGAUCACUAUUGUACGAUCGUGUUCAAGUGUAAAGACCAUAAUAAUAAAAUCUCAACAUUUACAAUCAUAAAUCCUAUGAAGUUUUAAUUAUAGGAAUUCCAGCAGUAGAUUAAUCUAUA